CCAGCUAGACCCCUUUGACGAGUCUGGUGCCCGGUGCUUGUCCCUCACUCGUGGUGCUGCGAACCGUACUCCCGACGUUGCUUCCCGGACGUUUCGCGUUUCUUGGAGUCUAUACCGUUUCUUGGUUACCGAGGAUGGCGCAGUGGAUCAGCUUCGUCCUACUCGUCGUGGCUGCGACGAUCGCGGUGACGGAGUCCAGGGCUAUUCCCGCUGAACCCAUUUCAGUGAUGCUAGAUCCCUACGGAAACCCCAUUGUCUUCCUCCGGGAGAAGAGGACAGCCGUGCAUCCGUAUCCCCAUAGAGCCAUGAUGUUCACCGGGUACUACAGACCGGUUCGUCGGUCGAGUCACGGUGGCCAGGCGACCGGUGUGUUCGCGCAAGGAAACGCCGUGAGCGGGGAGGCCUUUUUCGGCGGCAUGCAGCCGCCACAUUUGAACAACGGCCCGGAACCGAUCGAGGAACCGGAAGUGUCGAGCGCGGAGGCCCAGGCGGCGCCAGGCGCCGACGAUUCGUACAACGAGAGCGAGCAGCCUCAGGUCCAACAGGAGGAAGGGUUCCAGCCUGAGAAGCCUCAUAGGCAGGAGGGGCAUUACCCGCAGGAAGAAGCCAGUCAUCCUCAGGACGACCAGCAGCAGCAGGAGGACGAGCAGCAUCAUCACAAGCAGCACGGUGUCUCUCCGCAGGAGCAACCGGAACCGGAACCAGUGCCCGUGUUCACUACAGAAGCAGCCCCAGUCAGUCCCGCGGAGGAGCCAGUUUAUACGAAUCCGGAGGUAUCCGCGAAUCGUCCAAAGGUUCAGCACGGGAAGAAGAACAAGAAGACCCCGGUGGUGGUGGACGACGACGAAGAGGAAGACGACGAAGAAGAAGACGAGCCAACAGUACCCUUCGUUCCCUUCAAAGGCAAUCGUCGCAGGCAAAACUAUCCCAACCUGAACAACUUCUUCCCGAUGGUGUUCAGUUUCCCUGGCGGUGCUUCUAGAGCUGGUGGAUCGUCCGCGGGGUCUCCACCUGGAGCCGUGACUGCCAUCGCUAACAGUUACUCUACUGGGAAGGGAGGCGUUGCCAGUUCGGUGGCGACUGCCUACGGCGGAUCUCCUAACGGGAAAAAGCGACGCACACCGACGUCCGAAGAGUAAAGCACGUCGAAGAGACUGGUCGAUCGUCACGCAGGAUCGACGAGCGAGCUGUUCACCUCUCGAUACCGUUAAGAUCAAUAUUCCACCGGACAUUAACAUGCAGACAGGACAGAGCUCGGUGCUCCACUUUUCUAUUCCCCGUGACCCCGAAGAACCAAUCGUCUUCUUUGAGUGGACACCCCUCUUAGAUUUAAUCUUCCGCGAAUCGAUCCGCUUUCCUGCCAGUGUCUACCCCUCC